GUCAUUGGCCCCUUAUCUCCGCAGUAACCAGGCCACAACAGUGAGCUUGAAGCACCAGGGACAGGUCCGGCACUGCAGCAGGAGCCCCAUCCCCGUUGCUCAAGAUGCCUUUGGGAUUCUCUGCAAGGAGCACCCGCUCCGAGGAUGGAAGCGAGGUCUUCCCAGAGGGACUGGUAGAUUGGGAGCUGAGCAGACUGCAGCGACAAUGCAAAGUGAUGGAGGGCGAAAGGCGGGCCUACGGCAAGGAGGUCCACCAGCGCAUCAACAAGCAACUCGAGGAGAUCCAGCGUCUGCAGGAGGUGCGGGACAAACUGCAGGUGCAGAUCAGCGUCGCCCAGAGCCAGGUCAAGCGGCUGCGAGACGGCGAGAGGCUGGAGAACAUGGGCCACCUGCUAAAGUGCCAGGCCCAGGCGCAGGCUGAGGUCAAGGAGCUGCAGGAGCAGACGAGAGCCCUGGACAGGCAGAUCCAGGAGUGGGAGACCCGGAUCUAUGCUCUUGGUAAGGAUAGCAGAGCCCCAGGAGUCAUCCUGGAUCAGAAGGUCAAGGUCCGGCGACGGAUCAAGAUCCUAGAAAACCAGUUGGACAGGGUCACCUGUCGCUUUGACACCCAGCUGGUGCGCAACGCCGCCCUGCGAGAGGAGCUGGAUCUCCUGCGGAUCGAGAGGAACCGCUAUCUGAAUGUGGACCGCAAGCUGCAGAAGGAGAUCCAGCAUCUCCGGCACACGGUCGACGCACUCAUGGUCUCCUCCACGUCGGCCUACGCCGUCAGGGAGGAGGCGAAGGCCAAGAUGGGCAUGCUGCGGGAGCGCGCGGAGAAGGAGGGGGCCCAGAACGACACGGAGGUGCAGACCCUGCAGCGGCAGAUAGCGCACCUGGAGCAGCUGCACCGCUUCCUCAAGCUCAAGAACAACGACCGGCAGCCGGACCCCGUCAUCGUGGCGAAGCGCGACAAGCGGGCCCAGGAGGUGGCCGACGGCUUCCGCAAGACCUCCCAGGAGAAGCUGGUGCUGCGCUACGAGGACGCCCUGAAUAGACUGUCCCAGCUGACCGGCGAGAGCGACCCGGACCUGCUGGUGGAGAAGUACCUGGAGAUGGAGGAGCGCAACUUCGCGGAGUUCAACUUCAUCAACGAGCAAAACUCGGAGCUGGAGCACCUGCAGGACGAGAUCAAGGGGAUGCAGGAGGCCAUGGCGAGCACGCGCGCCAGCGAGGCGAACCGGCGCUCGCUGCAAGAGCAGCAGCGGGCCGAGCUGCAGCAGCGCGUGGACGAGGUGCACGCAGAGGCCGAGAGCCUGGAGGCCCGCUUCCAGGUCUUUCGGGGCCAGCUGGAGAAACUCAAGGCCGACAUCCAGCAGCUCUUCACCAAGGCCCAGUGUGACAGCACCGUGAUCAAGGACCUCCUGGGGGUCAAGACCUUCAUGCGAGAUCGGGACAUCGGGCUCUUCCUGGGCCUCAUCGAGAAGCGGCUGGUGGAACUCCUGACAGUGCAGGCCUUCCUAGACAGCCAGACCUACACCUCCAGCCUGGCCAGCGCCGCCCUCCUGGUCCUGGGCCAGAGCCCCGAGGAUCUUGUGAAGAAGGUGGUCACACCUCAGCUCCCUGAGAACCUGGAGGACCCCCCUGGUUUUGAGGCCAAAGAUGACUAUCCCAUGAGCAAGGAGGAGCUGCUGAGCCAAGUGGUGAAGUCGCUGGAGGUGCGGGAGCAGAACCUGAAGGAGCUGACCGAGGUUAUAAGGAAGGCGGACAGCGCCCGGAGCACGAGCCUGCCCAGGACGCGGAGGGCCAGCUCGGCCUCACCGCUGGCGACCACCAGGAGCCCCAGUAAUGUCCCCGGCUCCAUCUUGAGCCACAAGACGAAUGGCAUCCUGGUGUCCAGCGGCGGCCGUGCCACCAGCUCCAAUGUCGGCCACGUCACCUUUGGUGACCCCAGCUCCAGCGCAGACCACGUGACCUUUGGCCCCCCCAGCACCAAUGAGGGACUGAUGUCUGGCCAGAGCUCGACGGCAGGCCGAGUGACCUUCGAACCCCUCAGCUCGAGUAGCUACCUGGGGUCCACUGGCUACGUGGGAUCCAGCAAAGGCCAGGAAAGCUUUGGAGGCGUGGAGCACAGAGUCCCUGGGUCAGAAUCGAGUGGAGGCCCAGAGUCCAGCAGAGGCCAAGUCUCGAGCAGUGGCGCGGCCUCCAGCACCGGCCUGGACUCUACCACCAGCAAAGACUCCCGGAACGACGACUAGGGGCACCUGGCUGCCACCCUGCCCCUGGCUCCUUGCAGGGCCUUCCUUGUCUGUGUCUCCGCCUCCUGAUUUCCCCUUUGACUCGCCAUCCUUCUCUCCCAGUUCCGGGCCUGUCUCUUUGCCCCGACGUCUGUCUCCACCUCCCCUUCAACGUAUCCCCUUCUCUCUCUCCAUCUGCUCUUCCUCAUCUCCUCAUCUCUGUCCCCUGGUCCCUUUCUGUUGCUCACCCUCCUUUCCCUUUCUGCCCCCCAAAGGCCUGUUCUCUUAGUUUCCCAUUCCGCGUGUCUGUCUUGUCACCUUGUCUAUCUCCCCGUCUCCUGACCUCUCUGCUUCUCCGCCCCCACUCCACCCUGUUUCUGCUUCUCCAUUUCUAAUUCCCUCUCCUCCUCUCCAUCUCCCGGGCUCUCCUGGCAUCUCAUGUCCCUGUCUCUGUAGCCCCUCAUUCUUUGUCCUCCCCAAGAGCCCCCAGCACUGAGCAGUGGGAGAAGAAUCGGGGCAAAGAUGUCAGGGUCAGCAGGAGCUGUGACCACAGGAAAUAAAGGUCAGAGCUGACUUUUA